UCCACUACAGUGAAUUUCUCAAUGAACUGCAACUUCGAGACCACAAAUUCAAGUAGAAUUGCCACAGUAGUUUCCAUGGGCACAAUUUUAUUUCUAGGAAUAAUAUUCAAUAGUCUCGCCGUGUGGGUCUUCUGCUACAAGAUGAAAAAGUGGACUGAAACAAGGGUGUACAUGAUUAAUUUAAUUGUGGCAGACUAUAGCCUUCUUGUAAGUUUUCCUUUUAUCCUCCCCACCUUUCACCAGGAAGAUGAUGGUACUAUUUUCUGCAAAAUCAUUCAGAGCAUAUACCUAAUAAACACCCACAUGAGCAUAUGUUCAAUCACAGUGAUCGCAGUUGAUCGCUAUAUUGCAAUCAAGUAUCCUUUGAAAGCCAAAAGCUGGAGGUCUCCAAAGAAGGCGGUUCUCAUCUGUGGAAUCCUUUGGAUCAUCGUAAUUGGUUCUAUAUCUGUAUCUGCAGUGACAGGGGACAACUUUUGUUUUGGAAAAAGCAGCACAAGGAAUUUUGAAUCAACAUUAUUUUCCUUGCUAGAAUUUUUCAUCCUAUUGAUAAUCCUGAGUUUUUGUUCAAUACAAGUAAUCAUCAGCCUUAUCAAGAAAAAGAAAAUGGCUAUCUCUGAAGAAAAAGGAGUCCAGAAAGCUCUUGGAAUAGUUUUGGCCAAUCUCAUUGUAUUUAUUGUCUGUUUCCUGCCACUACAUGUUGCACUGCUCCUUAAACUUGUUGUAGAUUCAGUAGACGCCUCUUGUCCUGUCCAGGAAGGUGUUACAGCAUUUAUAAGAGUGGCUUCACGCAUCGCUAAUUCCAACUGUUGCUUUGAUGCAGUUGGCUAUUAUUUUGUUGCCAAGGAAUUUCAGGAAGCUUCUGCCGCGGUCAUUCCCAAAUUCCUACAGACCAAGGGAAAACCAAGACACAAAUUAUGCCAACCUUCACUUGAGACAGAAAUAGAUGUGCUUGAGAGACAGUCCCAGAGUCUACACGCAUACUAACAUUUAAACUAGAAAAAAAUUUAAGGUUUCAAAGGGAAAGCUGAAUGGAUUAAAAUCUGAAGGGUACCUGAGUGCAUGUCCUAAUCAUGGAGGUUGGGGUAUAUUUUUGAAUCUCAAGAAUGCCAUUAUUUUCAAGGACGUCUGGAGGAAGAUUGGGUAGAUCAAACAGAGCCAGGAAGAGGGGUGAACAAAGCAACCAAGGAGAGUGGUGCCUCAAGACUGCUGAUUUGAAUGGCUAAUGUUUCUGGGACCUAUCCCUUCCUGUGACUGGCCAAGCCUUUGAGGAGUGAACCCAGGUAAUUGUGGAAUUUUGGAACCAAAGUCUCCUGGGGUUGAUUUUUGGAAGGACUGUUUAAGGGAAAGACUCACUGAACUUUGACGAGUCCGCUCUUCAAACUUUUCUCCUCUUUUGGCCUCCGCUGGUCCUCAAGAGGACAACUACACCCCACUCUGCCUGGCAUCAUCUCAACAAAUAGGGCAGUGCCACUUCUCCCUCCCUUCCCACCGGCGGUUUCAUCAUCAUGGCAUGGUCAUCUUGGACUGGUUAUCCCAACCUACCUUGCACCAUCACGGCAGGAAGGUCAGAAGCAAUGGAAAUCCACGUCCACCACUGCUGCGGUGGAAGUCAUUGUGGUUGAGGCUGUGGAUUGUGAAUUCUGAGCUGUGAUGUACCUGCACCCUGUAUCCAACUGCUUUUGUUGUUGUUGUCUUGUUUUGUUUGUUUUUAUUUUGUAGAUAU